GCGGGGGUCUUACAAAAACAGCGCUUGGCGAGUGGGAGCAUCACACCAGAUCAGAGGAGCACACACACCACACACAGGCAGCGCACCACAUCGGCCCGAUCACAUCUCUGAAGCGCCGCGGAAACGGGGGCAACUCCGAGAGCCAACUCCAACUUUUACGCACAGAGACCGACUUUUACGCACAGCGCAAAGAGCAUCAUUUAGAGAAGAGGCAGAGACACGUCUUCUUGAUUCGGACGCAGUAGCCGCUUAAGGAUCUUACCUGACAGCAUCGGGCCUCCAGGCUCCACCAUAAUACUCUUUACAACGCAGGUGAAUCACCUGCACUUGUAGGAAAAUUUACCCGCUUCGAAUGUGGUGGCUCAGAGGAACAUUGGGACAGACCCAUCAGAUAUGAGUUAGCUCCGUAAACACAGCAUUUAAGACACAACUUUGAGGAAUUUUAAUUUAAAAAUCAAAAUUUAAAGAAACCAGAAGUCAUGCCCCGUCCUGGGAAGAACUCUUACAGCGACCAGAAGCCGCCGUACUCAUACAUUUCACUGACUGCGAUGGCUAUCCAAAACUCAUCAGAGAAGAUGCUUCCUCUGAGUGACAUUUACAAGUUCAUCAUGGACAGAUUUCCUUAUUAUCGAGAGAACACGCAGAGGUGGCAGAAUUCCCUGCGACAUAACCUCUCCUUUAACGACUGCUUCAUCAAGAUCCCCCGGCGGCCCGAUCAGCCCGGGAAGGGCAGCUUCUGGGCUCUGCACCCGGACUGUGGUGACAUGUUUGAGAACGGCAGCUUUCUGAGGAGACGGAAGCGCUUCAAGAUCGCGCGCGCUGAGCUCAUGGCCUGCAAGAGCUCCCCGAUGAUGCAUUACUUUCACCAUCACCACCACCAUCACCACCCGGGCAGCAAGCUGGGCACAGCGUCCGGCCAUCACGACCACUCAGUUGGUCCAGCGAGCACCGUGGGGCGGCUGCCUCACUUUCAGGGUUACGGGGGCAUUGCUUGCGCACAGCCCGGCGGGUUUAAACACCCGUUCACCAUCGAGAACAUUAUAGGACGGGACUACAAGGGUGUGAUGGCCAGCGGGCUCCCGCUCACCUCUGUCAUGCACCACCUGGGUUACCCCGUGCCCCCGCAGCUCAGCAGUGUGGUCAACUCCAUGUGGCCGCACGUCGGGAUGUUGUCGGAGCCCAUGGGUGGCGUGCCAAUGCCUGCUUCAUCCGAGUAUGCGCCAUUCAGCGUGUCAGCAAAGGGCUUGUACCAAAACGGGCAAACCCUGCCCGCCGUCCCCGUGCCAAUCAAACCAACCCCGUCCCUGGGUCCCGUGCCCGGCUUGACCGGGCUGCAGUCCGGUCCAGCGCAGCUCUGCUCACCGACCUCAGUGAUGGAGAAGAGUGAUCUGCUGGAGGGGAAAGGCAACCACUUACACCCGGCUCUUCUGCUGUCCUAACCUGGUAAAUUGCGGGUUAUUAUUGAAAAUAAAUGCAGACAAGAAGGACAUUGUUGAUGCGUAAAAUCAAGCCGUCAUCUGACAUUUAUGUGCAGAUAGGAGAGUUGUAAAAACGAUAAGGUUAACGUUGUAGGCUAUACUGUGUAAUAAUGAUUCUUUUCUUCAUCAGAUCCGUGUGGACUGAAAUCAUAAUUUAUUUGCACAAUUUGUGAGGGCAUUCACCACAUUAUGUGGUACUGAUAAAUACAAUCAGACGAGCAGACGCUAAACCCAAAGAAAGAUUUGAGGAGGCAGUCUAUAAAAUCCGAAAUACAAAUCAAACAGCUGUUUAUUUUUUGUUUGCUCUUCUUCUAUUUAUUUUAUUUUAAUCUAUAACAGGCCUAAAGACAUGUAGGCCUUUGUGUCCUUUAAAUUAGGACUGUUGCACUUUUUAUGUGUUACUUAGCAGUGCAUUGAAAAUGUUAUGCUUGUAUUAUAACACUAUUUAUCUGGAGAUAUUUAUAAAGAAUUUAAAAAGCAAAUUUUCUUUGGUGUUGUAAUUAUUUGAAUACAUUUCCACACUUUUUUCCCCACAGUUUGUAAACCACCGUUGAAGAACAGGGGGGAAGAUUAGACCGUGCUACAUUUUAAAUGGUAUUGAGAUUAAUUUAAUCUGAGUCCAAAAAAACAUAAAUGCAGUUAAUUAUAUCUUUUCAAACAGUUAUUAAAUUCUGUAUGAAGCGACCUUGAUUUUUUUUUUUAAAGAAACAGUGCAGGUUAAACACCAGCAGCAAUGCAUUUGACUAAAUGUUACCUGCAUGUACAGAGGCAGAUUUUUAUUUCAGAUGUAAGUUACAUUUUGUCUAUGUCUGUAUAAAGAAAUGAUGGUAAAAGUGAAACUUGUAAUCAUGCAAUAAUUAUACUUAUUAUAUGCUGAAUCAGAAUUCUUUAGGACUCACCUAAAAAUAUUUAAGGACACCUCUCUAACACCUAACUCUGACU